CAGAACUCGGAACCAAUUGAGAAUGGUUGGGUUUCGGCGCAGCCUUCUCGCAGCAAAUGUUUUUUUCUUCGCAAUUAUUUUCUCACCAGCUCUUGCAGAUCACCAAUUUUGGCAGUCGAAAGCGCCAGUUAGAGUUUGUAUUGGAACCAAUGGUCGUUUAUCUGUGCCCUCCAAUCAGCAGCACCACUACCGGAACCUUCGAGACCGGUACACCAACUGUACUUAUGUUGAUGGUAAUUUGGAAAUUACAUGGCUCCACAGCGAAACCCACGACCUCAGUUUCCUCCAACAUAUCCGAGAAGUCACCGGCUAUGUCCUUAUUAGCCAUGUCGAUGUGCGCAGAAUCGUUCUGCCAAGGUUGCAGAUCAUUCGCGGCAGAGACGUGUUUAAAUUGCAGUACGUUGAGACCAAGUACUCUCUAUUUGUUACAAUGUCUCAAAUGUACAACCUGGAAAUGCCGGCACUCAGAGAUAUUUUGAAUGGCAGCGUCGGUAUUGUAAACAACUAUAAUCUUUGUCACAUUAAGACCAUUAAUUGGGACGAGAUAAUCACGGGAUCGGGGGCAAAGUAUGAAUAUGUUUACAAUUUUACUUCGCCUGCGAGAGCAUGUUCCGAAUGCGACAAAAGCUGCGAGCAGGGCUGUUGGGGAGAAGGACCAGAAAACUGUCAAAAAUUUUCAAAAAUGAACUGUUCGCCACAGUGCUGGCAGGGUAGAUGCUUCGGAUCAAAUCCCCGAGAAUGUUGCCAUCUAUUUUGCGCAGGCGGUUGUCGUGGACCGAAACAGAGCGACUGUCUUGCUUGCAAGAACUUUUUUGAUAAUGGCGUCUGCACGCAGGAAUGUCCACCUAUGCAAAAAUACAAUCCAACAACGUAUUCUUGGGAAACUAAUCCAGAUGGAAAAUACGCGUAUGGUGCCACCUGUGUACGAAAAUGUCCUGAGCAUCUUUUAAAAGAUAACGGAGCUUGCGUAAGAUCGUGUCCAGCCAAGAAGAAGGCUUUGAACGGGGAAUGUGUUCCAUGCGAUGGACCUUGUCCUAAAAUCUGUCAAGGUGUUGACAAACUUCAUUCGGGCAAUAUCGACAGCUUCAAAGAUUGCACUAUAAUUGAGGGCUCGAUCACAAUUUUGGAUCAAAGUUUUUCAGGCUAUCAGGACAUAUCAUCCAAUUUUAUAUUUGGACCCAGAUAUACAGCAAUGCAUCCGGAAAAAUUGGAAGUUUUUAGCACCUUGAAGGAAAUCACUGGUUUCUUGAACAUCCAGGCUGCUAAUGAAAACUUUACUUCUCUUCCAUACUUCAGAAAUUUAGAAGUAAUUGGUGGUAGAGUUCUUACUGAGUAUUUCUCUUCGCUUUAUAUCGUAAAAACUACCUUGGUUUCUAUGGAUCUCAGGUCCUUGAAAAAAAUCUCCUCAGGCACGAUCGCCAUAUUGGAAAAUAAAAACCUCUGUUAUGCCCAAAGUACAAAUUGGAAAAAGCUCAAAAAAUCUCCAGAGUAUGAGAUUUUAAUACAGAACAACAAACCUGAAAGCGAAUGCAUUAAAGAAGGUUUAAUUUGCGAUGAACAAUGUUCAGAGGGGUGUUGGGGCGCUGGUCCAGAGCAAUGUAUCACGUGCAAGAACUUCAAACUCGGAAAUGUGUGUGUUGAAAACUGUAGCAUAAUACCUGGUAUCUACCAAGCGGAUUCAAAAAUUUGCAAACCAUGCCACGAAGAGUGUAAUGGUACAUGCACAGGACCAAGUUCUGAACACUGUGAAAAGUGUAAACAUGUACGAGAUGGUCCUUUCUGCGUUCCGGAAUGUCCGUUAUCAAAAUACAACGUCAGUGGUUUGUGUAAAAACUGUCACAGUAACUGUGUGGGUGGUUGCGUAGGACCCAAAAAUAAUAUUGGACCGCUUGGAUGCCACAGUUGUGAAAAAGCUAUAAUGAAUGGCGACGUACCCGAAGUUUGUUUGCAGAAAACAGAAUCAUGCCCUGAAGGUUAUUUUUACGAAUGGAUUAGCCCACAAGAGCAAGGACUUCUAAAACCACUUGCUGGAAAAGCAGUUUGUCGAAAAUGUCACUCACGUUGCAAAAGAUGUACAAACUAUGGAUUUCACGAGGACGUGUGUCAGGAGUGUGUUAAAUAUAAAAAGGGCGAGCAAUGCGAGGACGAAUGCCCAUCGGAUCAUUACAUUGAACCAGAUACACAGUUGUGUUUACCUUGUCACGGAGAAUGUCGUGAGUGUUUUGGACCAGGAGAAAAUGAAUGUUACAGAUGUCGAAAUUUCAAAAUAUUUCCUGGAGGUGAUCCAGUAGACAACAGUACAGCUUUCAACUGCACAGAGAUAUGUCCCCCAGAAUAUUACAAAAUAUUUCCAGAAGACGAUUCAUUUAUCAAUGAACCGUUCUGCUCUUUAACGCCUGCUGCUCUAUACAAAGAAGUUGAAUUUAAUAUAUUUGUAGCGGCUGGUACCGUUGUGAGCGUUUCAGUAUUCUUCUCAUUGAUAGGAUUUACGAUAUACGUUAAAUGCAAACGAAUGAAAAAUAAAGAGAAUACUGUUAAAAUGACGAUGGCUUUAGCAGGCUUGGAUAUCAACGAACCUUUGAGAAUAACUGGAUUGAAACCAAAUCUUGCUAAACUUCGUAUUAUCAAAGAAGAAGAAAUGAGAAUAGGUGAUAUCCUCGGAUUUGGUGCUUUCGGUAAUGUUUACAAGGGUGUGUGGGAGCCAGAAGGGGAACAUAUAAAAAUCCCAGUCGCCAUCAAAGUGCUUCAUGAAGGUGCUAAUAUUAACACGUCAAAAGAGUUUCUUGACGAAGCUUACAUCAUGGCCACUGUCGACCAUCCCAAUCUUCAUCAGCUUUUAGCAGUCUGCAUGACUUCGCAAAUGAUGCUAAUCACGCAGUUGAUGCCUCUUGGUUGUCUCCUGGACUUUGUGCGUAAUAAAAAAGACAGGAUUGGAUCAAAACUGAUGUUGAAUUGGUGCACACAAAUUGCAAAAGGUAUGGCUUAUCUGGAAGAGCGAAGACUUGUUCAUCGUGAUCUCGCGGCCCGAAAUGUUCUAGUACAAACCAGUACCUGCGUUAAGAUAACAGACUUUGGUCUGGCUAAAUUAUUAGAUAUUAACGAAGAGCAGUACAAAGCCGCUGGUGGCAAAAUGCCGAUCAAAUGGUUAGCAUUGGAAUGUAUUCGAAAUCGGGUUUUUACUCACAAAUCGGACGUUUGGGCGUUUGGAGUUACUAUUUGGGAAGUUCUCACCUACGGAGGAAGGCCUUAUGAGAACAUUGAUGCGAUAAAUGUCCCGGAGUUAUUGGAGAAGGGUGAACGACUGCCACAACCACCAAUUUGCACAAUCGACAUUUACAUGAUCAUGGUCAAAUGCUGGAUGCUUGACGCGGACUCUAGGCCAUGUUUCAAGGAGUUAGCUGAGGAGUUUGCUAAAAUGGCGAGAGAUCCGGGCCGGUAUCUUGCAAUUAUAGGCGACAAAUACAUGAGACUACCUUCGUAUGCAUCACAAGUUGGGACAGUAGGAGAACCAGAACCAAACCGAUUAAGCGAGAAUUCACUGGAUAAUCCAGAAUACUAUGCCUGGCCCGAUAGAGGAAAUUUCGUCGAAAUUGAUUAUUUGUUAGAUGACAAUUUUCCACUACCACUGGUCUCUACUUACUGUUGAAAAAGCGUGGUGGUGAUUUGUAGCAUGUGCAGUGUCGAGCAAAUUCGAGAAUUCAGUAUUGUAAAAUGUACCUCAAAGGAAACGCAAACGUUUACUGAUAUCCUGCCAUAAAAGAUGUAAUCUUUUUUAUUACAGGAAGAUGAUUUUAUUGAUAAUGCCACAAUUUUAAAAUAUGAAUGUUAAUUAUAUCAUUUACAUUAUACUUUACAGUGAUAAGUAAAGCAAAUGUAUAAACGCCAUGACUUAAAAUAAGUGUGUUUAAUGAUCCUCAUUUUAAAUAAUGGUGACAAUUUUUUUGUUUAAAUG